AAAUCAUUACUUAAGACGACGCAUUAAUUUGCUCGAUCUUUUUUUCCUGUCCUUUUAGAGGGUCCAUUAAUCACCUUCAGUGAAUGAUUGGAUUUUGGUAUAAAGUCAAAUGUGCGGAUGUGCACCUCUGCGUAGGAAACGUUGUGGUUCAUACUGUGGGUGUCGGGCAUGAGGAGAGGCAGCUUUACUCGAAUGAACACACUUUGACCGCCUUCCGCGGGCUCCCAGUGACCGAGAAAGGAUGGGGUUCGGCAGGAAUCUGUGGUGUCCCCAGGCCCAUGUGGCGCUGAUGCGCCUGCAGGAUUCUGAGCUGCACCUCAUGGAGACCAUGAAGAAGUGGAUGACGCAGAGGGCCAAGAGCGACAAGGAGUUCUCCAUGCAGCUGCACCAAAUGUCAGCUAUCGUAGAGAAGCUGGAAGGGCCACAUCUUGGAGGGGGGCUGGAUUACAUCAGCCAGUUCAACAAGGCCUGGAGUGCCAUGGUGAGUCAGACGGAGAGCCUGAGUCGCAUCCUCCGGAAGCACUCCGAGGACCUGGCCGUGGGGCCGCUCAGCAAACUCACCCUGCUCAUCCGUGACAAGCAGCAGCUUCGCAAGGCCUAUGGGGAGCAACGGGCGCGUCUGAGCCAGGAGCUCAGCAGGGUGACACAGACUGAGCUGGAGAAAAUGAAAGCUAGCUACCGACAGCUGGCGCGGGAUGCAAGCCAGGCCAAGAGGAAGUACCAAGAGGCCAGCAAAGAUAAAGAUCGGGAGAAAGCCAAGGAGCGCUACGUGAAGGCCACCCUCAGGCUACACGAGCUCCAUAAUGACUACGUGCUGUCAGUGAAGGGUGCACAGAUGCACCACCAGCACCAUUACAGCCAGGCCCUGCCCGCACUGCUGGACACACUGCAGACCCUUCAGGAGGAGAUGGUGCUCAUGCUGAAGGAGAUCCUCCAGGAGUACUUUGACAUCUCCAGUUUGGUCCAUGAGGAAGUGGUGGCUGUUCACCAGGAGAUGGCUGUUGCUCUGAAGGCUGUCGAGCCACACAAAGAGUACGAGAACUUCGUCCAGCAGAACAGAUCAGUUGCUGAGGUGCCUCCCUGCGUGGAGUUUGACACCAGCUUGCUGCUGGAGACAGAGCAACUGAAGGCUGGGAAAUUGGAGCUGAACGAGCUGACACUGGAGGGCAUCCAGCAUCGGCUGACAUCGGUGGAAGAGGAACUGCUUGCUUUGACUUCAUUGCUGGUCUCCCAGCAAGCCUCUGUAAACCAGCUAGAGCUGGAUCUACAGGCAGAGGAGGAGACCGCCAACGUUGGUCAAAGGGUCUACCAGUUCAGUAAGCGCAACGCCUUGGAGGACAGCCGGCAGCAGGUGGUGGAGUCCAUGGGCACGCGUACCCGCCUGGAGGCCCAGAGGCUGCUGCUGGCUGAGACUCUGUACUCGCUGGGAUCCCAGGAACCUCCUUCUAUAUGUCUGGAUGAAGACCGCAUGUCCAACACCUCCACUGAGCGGGAGAAGGACACCCCUAAACUCCUCAACCUGGAUGGUCUCAAGAGUCACCUCACUGGCAUGUUCAAACCCAAAUACACGGUGCCCCCUCCCCUGCCCAUGGUGCCGGAAGUGCAGAAGCCCUUGAGCGAACAGGCCUGGUAUCAUGGCGCCAUCCCACGGCUGGAGGUUCAGGAGCUGCUGAAGAACGAUGGGGACUACCUGGUGCGGGAGAGCCAGGGCAAGCAGGAAUAUGUGCUGUCUGUGCACUGGGCCGGGCAGUGCCGCCACUUCAUCAUCCAGAGCACGGAUAAUGUUUAUCGACUAGACGGAGAAGGCUUCGCCACAGUGCCCCUGCUCAUCAAUCACCUUGUGACCUCACACCACAAUGUAACCAAGAAAAGUGACAUCAUUUUAAAGAGAGCCGUCAUCAAGGACAAGUGGGCCUUGGACCAUGAUGAUGUCAUUCUGGGACAGCUCAUUGGCCGGGGAAACUUUGGCGAGGUGUACAGCGGCCGCCUGCGCUCUGACAACACGCCGGUGGCGGUGAAGUCCUGCCGAGAAAAUCUGCCUGCAGAACAGAAGAACAAGUUCCUCAUGGAGGCCAGGAUACUGAAGCAGUAUGACCACCCCAACAUUGUGAAGCUCAUCGGCGUGUGUACUCAGAAGCAGCCCAUCUACAUUGUCAUGGAGCUGGUGCAAGGGGGGGACUUCCUGUCCUUCCUGCGGAAUGAGGGCCACAGUCUGAAAACCAAGGCGCUCAUCAGAAUGGCAGAGAAUGUGGCGGCGGGAAUGGAGUACCUGGCGAGCAAGAAGUGCAUCCACCGGGACCUGGCGGCACGCAACUGCCUGGUGGCAGACCAGAACCUGGUCAAGAUCAGUGACUUCGGGAUGUCCCGCGAGGGGGAGGAUGGCGUCUACUCAGCCACGGGCAGCAUGAGGCAGAUUCCUGUCAAGUGGACCGCGCCUGAGGCACUCAAUUACGCUCGCUACAGCACCGAAAGUGACGUGUGGAGUUUCGGCGUCGUGCUGUGGGAGACCUUCUCUCGUGGCACCACUCCCUAUACCACCAUGACCAACCAGCAGACAAGAGACGAAGUGGAGAGAGGGUACCGGAUGUCUGCCCCGGAAGGCUGUCCUCCCGAGGUGUACACCCUCAUGGGACAGUGCUGGCAGUAUGACCCAAAGAAGCGCCCUCCGUUUCACACGCUGAGGAAAGAGCUCAACUCGUUGCAUCGGAAAUUUCAAUGAUUGCCCCGCACUUACAUCCACAAGGCUGCAGAGUCUCAACAGCAUAUGCCACAGAUUUGUCACGCCUCAAAAAAUCAUCUUGACCAGCCAUGAGAGGUCUUGCGACAGGGUCAUCUCUU